ACUACAAAAUGUCAAGCGCCAUAGCAACCGACAGCAAAAAGGAACGGAGGGCGACGUGGAGCAGACGGACGUUCUUCAGAGGAAGAACUUUUCAGUCUAUGUUAGCAGACAAUACGAUUCUCUCUCAUUCUGUUUUUCAGUUGUCGAUGCUGUAGUGGCGCUGUCUGCAACGAAACCAUAGAAGCAAAGUGUAACUGCAGAGCUAAUCUUGAGCAAUCAAAAUGUCGGCCUGCAACAUCCUCACCAGGGUUCUCCUCCCGAAAAAGGAUCCGAACAUCGCUGAAGUAAGGUUCGUGCCUGGGGGAAACCCUGUACCUGCUCAGUACCAUAUACCCCUCAUGAAAAAAGUUCCCAUGUUCCCUGCACCCACCGGAUGUUUGGAGCUGUAUACGUCAAAGAUUGGACACCAGGCGUACAUCAACAAGAAACGUCACGGCUUCGACCUUACUGAUCCGUACAACUACAACAUCGACUGGAGCUACAACAUCACGCAGGAUCCACACAUGCUGCACGUCAUCCGGACGCCGGCGAUGAUGAAGAGGUUGAAGGAGUUAGGACAAAUAACAAACGACGAACGAGUUCGCUGCACCCUCAAACAAUUUAAUAACUUUAGGGCUUACCUUAAGUGCAAAUCUCUGAUCGACUUUCGAAAUCAGCUACAGGAGGAGAAAGCAAGAAUCCCGAAGAUUGACGUCGGUGAAAGUCUGGAAGUGGUUGCCAUAGAACAUCGCGUCCACGAACAGGAGGUUCGCUUUCGCCGCCUAAAAUCCGAGGACGAAACCUUCGCAAAAUACCAAAGUCAUCUGACUCAAUCGGAGACAAAAUUUAAUAUCAGGAAGAGGAAGCGUCAAGAAGUAAAUGGCGUCCUGGCUCGAAAGAGGGCUUCUAUCGAGAAGCACAGACAGGACGUGUACCGGCGAUCUUUAAGGAUUGCUCACCAGCGUCACCGCAAUUUGCUGCAAACCUGGAAACAACAUGCACAGAGACAAAUCAGUCACCUGCAGGAAGUGGAUUCAUCCCGUUUGGAGGAGAAGCUGCAAGUAAAAUGGAAUGCACGGCGUGAGACUCAGCUGGCGUACGAGGAGCUGGUGGAGGUGUCUCGGGCCGCGGAAAAUGACCGGCGGGAGAGGUCCAAAGUCGUUCUAGACCUGGAGAUGAACCGCCGCUGGCAGCUGCAAGCCCACAAGUUGCAGAUGUUGAAGGAUGUAUCUCGAAAAAUUCAGGCGCAGCGGGAGGAGGCGUAUGCCCGCAACCUUAUCAAAGCCUUCGCCAAUUCUUCAAUCCUGAACCCUCAGAAGAAACCCAAGCCGACACCAACCGAAGACAAAUCCACAAAGACACCGGAUGCUGUUGACAUGUCCUCGAUACCGAAGUUCAAGACCAUAUUUUGUAAACCUGUGAAGAAAAGCUUGUGGGUCCUGGAGAAGGAGUUGAAGAAGAUGGGGGUGACCACCCGCAUUCUGGCUACUGUAGCGUCAAAGGAGAAGGAGGUUUCGGUAAGAAAAAUGGAGGUGGACUCAGCUUUGGCCAUUGCGUCUCGCACCACAAUAGAUUCUUUACCUAGAAAGAAAAAAGGAAGAUCGAAGUCAAAAAGAGCGUAUCCGACGUCUGUUGAACUCAUGGGAGGAGAGAAUGCCCACAUGAAAGCUGGAGAAGAAAUCUGGGUUCUCAAGAAACGGGAGGACAUCGUCAACGACACAGUAGACGAGGUUACUGAUGCGCCGGAGUCGGAGGAAUCCGAUUCUGACAUAGUGAAAGAGGAGAAUAUUGCAUCCAGAGAUGUGUCUGCAAUGGGAGGAUUCAUUGGACUACUUCCGGAGGACUUGGAGCUGAUGGAGGGGCUGCUGACAAGGCUGCUGGACAAUGUGCAGGAAGGAAGGCUCAACCAGGCAGACCUGGUGCAGAUGAUCAUGUUCUGCAGCACCCUGCAGUCGGCGCAGUUGACCCACAUUGAGCAAACCACGUCGACGACGUCGCUGAUGGCGCAGGAGAUCGUGGCGCACUCCAUGGCGUUGCUGCGGGAUGACAUCAUCAUGCGACGCAUGUCGCCAACCGACCUGCUGGCAACCGCCGCCAACAUCAGGGCCUGCCAGUCGGAAAUCUCCUCCGUCAGCUCCGAUCGUCUGGAGAUACUAUUGAAGGACACCAUGGAAAAAAUGGCGGACGACAUCGACAUCGAUGAAGAUGAUUACAACGAAUAUUUCUUGGAGCAGAUGCUGAGAUCGACUGUCGCCAAUCUCACCGUCGAUAUCGAGCGAGGAACUCUUUCCAGGACCAACGUGCACGAGAUCGGCUCGGCGCUGGCGCAGGCCGUGAUGGAUGAUAUGGAUUCGGACGACUCGCUGAUGGCCGAGGACACACUGAUGACAAUAUUGCAGCAGCUGCAGCAGGACAUCGACACGGGCCAGAUCGACGAGAAACUGCUGGACAAGGCUUUAGCCUCUCUCGUGUCUUCCUAUGGUCAGGUUCUCCGCGGCCGCUCCAACAUCGACGUCAUCAAGGAACUUGUCUUGUACGUGCUGCUGAGGACCAGACAUGACCUCGAAGGAGACCUCCUAGACAAAGAGGACUUCCUGAAACAGCUGCAGCUUGCGAAAGUCGAAGCCGGCAUCUACGGGAUGGAGUUACCAGAACUGCCAGAAUUAGUGGAGGAAACGUCUAAAGCUAUCGGCAAGUUUAAGGGCAUUGGCAGGCCUGACGAGGCCGUUGUGGCACUUAUCAAGAUGAUCCUAGGUCCAGGAAGAAGGAUCAUGCCAGCGAUCGCCAAAAGUCGUGUGCACUGGAUCUCAGAAUCCAUGAUAGAACAGGCGGAAGGGUCUGAGGUUCAGCUGCAGAUCGUCCUGGACCUGGCGGCGAGCGUCUGUGCUAGCUUCACCCAACAGAUGAACGAGGACAUGGACUUCGCCAGGGACGCCGAGCGCGUUCUUGGGCCUCGCUUUCUCGUCAUGCUCUUCAGUUACUGGGACCAGCUUGAUUUAGAAAAGGGAAGAGAGACGGUGGCCGUGCAGACCCGGGCGGACGAGCUGGCGAACUUGGCGGGCGUGAAGGCGACGUUGGCGGAGAAUGUGGUGCUGGUGUGCUUCAACUGGCUGUGGCAGGAUGCCCUCAACAACCGUCUGCCCGUCUGCAUCAUGCCGCACGUGGCGCUAGACACCGCCGAGUUCCCAUCUACCCGCCCACUGCUGGACCGCAUCCGUAACUUCGGGAACUACAUGGACAAGAUGAAUCUGGUCGACGAUAUGGUCCUGAAGAAGGUUCGGAAGGUGGGUCAGGAGCUGCAGGAGGGAGGGCUUGGCCACGAGGAGGCCCAAGCGCUUCUGACCAUCUGCGUACACUCCUACCUGCGAGAGGUAGUCUUCUGCGACCGCAGCGACGACAUCGUGGAGAAUGGCUCCGAACCACCCGGGAUGGUCAGCAACGUACAGUUUUUGAUCACCACCUGCGCGCGCUCGGUCCUCGAGUACAUUCAGAACAAGGUGGCGCGACGACUAAGCGCACUAGGACACACGGCCUUGGAAUUGUCCAUGGUGACGGACAUCCUGAUGGAAGCAGCUUCCGACUCGAUUGGGGCCCUCAACACCUUCGUCACCAACAACAGCGAGGCGGCGGAGGACGAGCUGCUUCAGCUGGAUCCGCUCAUCAAGACUAGUCAGUGGAACGCGCUGCGCAAGGACCCCAUUUGCAAGCCACAGGAAAUCCCCCCCUUUUUGAAGAAACUAAUUGGAACGGCGAAAAGAGCACGUGAGUUAGCCCCGAAACAAACCCCAGACAACAAAUCAGUCAUAAAUCAACCCAGCUUCAAGGUUGUCAAGGAUCUGAUUCGCAGAGAACUUUGGCAAAUAGCCAAGGAGGUGGCCUCUCUCUUCAAUGGUUUGGUGUCAUUGCACAACCUCUUGCCGCCCAAGCCAUCGGUAACCACCGAAGCCCUCCUCCACUUCGCCAAGUCGCUCUUGCUGGAGCUUCGUCACGCUGUCAUCGAGCAGACUCUGCCCCUCGAGUUUGCUUACGACUUCGUCAAGCAAAUCGCUGAGAAGAAAUGUCCCAUCGAAGCCAAAGAGUCCGCAGACAGACUGGUACACGUCAUCAUGAAGAUGGUGAAGGACAUCGAAUUGAGGAAUGACCGUUCCAACUACUACGUGCGGAUUGUGAUGGGUCUGUCUAAGAUGUCUUUACCGAAGAAAGAAGACGAGGACGUGGCGGCAGGCAUGGCCGCUAUUGCCCACCUGCUGUCCACCGUGGACAAGUCAGGUGCUGACUACCUUUCUGCAAAGCACACUGAUGUCCAUGCUGCGCAACAUCCGCGCCCUUCGCCAAGGAGACGACGAAUUUGAAAGCCUUUUCCCAAUCAGUUCCAGAGUGCGCCGUGCCCAGCAGAGUCUUACCGACGAAGAGAUGCCCACAGAAGGCUCAUGGGACGAGGAGACCAUUCCGCCAGAAUGCGACAUCAUCCCGGAGACGAAGAUCGUCGUGCACGUGGCGCUGCAGAAGACGAUGGAGCGGAUGGGCGCCGCCGUCAUGCCUCCCGAGUUCCCUGUGCAGUCCUCACAGACCAUCGUCCAGGACUUGGUCUCCAACAUUCAAGAGUCACCUGACAAAGACCUGACGUUGACAGGUGCGCCACUGGAAACCUCGCUGGUCGCCUACGCGCAGGGACUAGCCACUGAAAUCUCCAGGAACCUGCAGGAUGAAGCCACCGCUGGUUCUCCUCUUAGUAACAAGAGCAUCGCCAACGUCAUUAUCGGCAACACCCUCAAGUCCAUCAACAGUGGCAUCAAGUCGGG